UGGCACAAGGACCCCUCCGCCUCUGCCGGACGUGGGGGGACUCCCUGCCCCUCUGGGCCCCCCCCGUAGGCGGGGUCGGGGUGGGGGUCGCCCCAUCCGCUGCGGGCGGGGCUGUGCCGCCUGCGUGAGCGGUUCGUGCAGCCCGAGCCCUCAGCCCCGUCCCCAGCCCCUGUCUCCUCCGCUUCCAGUCGCCUGAGCCCACAGACACUGAGCACCUGCUGUGCACCAGCCAGGUGCUUGCUAGGCCCUGGGGCCACAGUGGGGCACAGGGCAUCCCAAACCCCCUCAUUCUGGCAGGAAGACGCCCGAGGAGCAAGUAAAUAUAAGAAAGUAGAUGGUGGAGAAAAGGAAGGCCGGGAGCGGUGGUGAGAGCCGGGGCUGCACUGAAGCCAGAGCCCAGCAGGCAUCGUUUACAUGACUUUUGGGUUUUCUUUCUUUCUUUUUUUUUUAUUAUUUGUGGCAAAAUGUACCACCUUAACCAUCUUUAAGUACACAGUUCAGUGGCAUAGAACACGCUCAUGCUGUUGUGCGACCACCCCCAGCACUGUCUGCAGAAUCUUCCAUCUCCCCACACGGAGACCCUGUCCCCAGGAAGCACUGACCCCCUUCCCCCCGCCCCACCCCUGGCUCCCACCACCUCCUCUGUCUCUGUGGACGGGACUCCUCUGGGGACCUCCUGGGAGUGGGGUCCUGCAGGAGGCGUCCUUCUGGGUCUGGGUCCCCUCCCUGAGCCCGGCGUCCUCGGGGUCCGUCCACGCGGGGGCAGGUGUCGGGGUCCCUUCCUUUCUAGGGCUGGAUCAUAUUCCGGACAUGGAUGGACCGCAUUGUGUUUAUCUUUUCAUCCAUCGAUGGAUGCUUGUGUUGAUUCCCCAUUUUAGCGAUUGUGAAUGGUGCUUCUGUGAACAUUGGGUGUGCAAACGAGGGGACUUUUGAGCUGAGACCUAAAGGGGGUCAGGGAGGAGCCAUGUACAGCCCAUGCACAGGUCCUGAGGCAGGAUCAGGCCUAGGCCUGGUGUGUUGGAGAUCUUCGACCCGCCUGAGGAGUUGGAGCGCAAGGUGUGGGAGCUGGCACAGCUGGUCUGGCAGUCCUCCAACGUGGUGUUCCACACAGGUGCUGGCAUCAGCACCGCCUCGGGCAUCCCAGACUUCAGGGGCCCCCAUGGCGUCUGGACAAUGGAGGAGCGGGGCCUGGCCCCCAAAUUCGACACCACCUUUGAGAGCGCGCGGCCCACGCAGACCCACAUGGCACUGGUGCAGCUGGAGCGCGUGGGCCUCCUCCGCUUCCUGGUCAGCCAGAAUGUGGACGGGCUGCACGUGCGCUCCGGUUUCCCCAGGGACAAGCUGGCGGAGCUCCACGGAAACAUGUUCGUAGAGGAAUGUGUCAAGUGUAAGACGCAGUACGUCCGGGACACCGUAGUGGGCAGCAUGGGCCUCAGGGCCACAGGCCGGCUCUGCACUGUGGCCAAGGCGAGGGGGCUGCGGGCCUGCAGGGGGGAGCUGAGGGAUACCAUCCUGGACUGGGAGGAUGCCCUGCCUGACCGGGACCUCACUCUUGCUGACGAGGCCAGCAGGAACGCAGACCUGUCCAUCACGCUGGGCACCUCCCUGCAAAUCCGGCCCAGCGGGAACCUGCCACUCGCCACUAAGCGCCGAGGAGGCCGACUGGUCAUUGUCAACCUUCAACCCACGAAGCACGACCGCCAUGCUGACCUGCGCAUCCACGGCUAUGUGGAUGAGGUCAUGACCAGGCUCAUGAAGCACCUGGGCCUGGAGAUCCCUGCCUGGGACGGUCCCCGCGUGCUGGAGAGAGCGCUGCCACCCCUGCCCCGCCCGCCCGCACCCAAGCCCGAACCUGAGCCCAAGGAGGAGGCGCCCACCCAGCUCAAUGGCCCAGCACCCGCCAGUCCCAAGCAGGAGUCCUCCACGGAGCCCUGCACCCAGCACAAUGGCUCUGGGCCCGGCAGCCCCAAGAGGGAGCAGCUGGACAGUCCUGUACCACACAGGCCCCCCAAAAGGGUGAAGGCCGAGGUGGCCCCCAGCUGACCAGGGGGCCCGGGGAGGGUGGGGCUUUUUGUAGAAACCGUGGAUUCAUCUUUUCUUAUUUGUCUCACUUUGUUACUCGUACCUGCCCUUGAGGGUGGGAGAGGGUGACCUCAGGGUGCUGAUUGCUGGGCUCCAGGCCCCGGGGCAGGCUCACUCUCCACUGCCUCUCUCUUUAGCUCUAGGGGCCUCUGGUGUGGGCCUGGGGAGGAGCGUUUUCACCCUGGAAGCUGACCUUGGACCUGACACCCCAGGCACCUGCUCCUCCCCGUGCCCCAGUCCCUGACUCAGGGUGUUCUGGGGAGGUGUGGCCAGGCCCUCCCUAGUUUCCAGCCUAAACAGGAGUUGACGUUCUCUGCCCCCGGGCUCUCACACUCCCCAGCCUCUGCCUCCCCCAAAUCGCCUUCACAGUCCCUCUAGGAGGCAAGCUGGGGCAGAGCCACCAUUACGAAGCCAGACUUCGUGUGGCACAGACAGUAGGGGUUUGCACUGCCUUUGGAACUAGAGGGAGAAACAGGUGUGUCCACCUGCCUUCCUCCAGACUUCCAGAGAAGUCUCAAUGCAAUAAAAGCAGAGAUUCUUGCA